AUGGAGCGAGGGAAGAGAAGCGGGAAAGCAAAGAAGGAAGGACAAAGAAAACGAAAGAAAGGAGACCUGGCCCGGGGCGCAGGAGGGAUCCGGCCUCUGCCCCGGGGCCUCUCCUUAUCUGCCGACUCCAAGACCAGUGACCCGGGCCGAGCAGCUCCGAGUCCGAACGUGGUCCCGACGCGCACCCCGCAGGAGUCAGACCCAAUCUCCGCGGGGCCUGGCACCUUCACUCCGGAAGGCGCCACAGAGACCAGCUUCUCCAACGAGAAAGUAACUCGGCAGUCCCUGGGAGAUGUGACCCGCGAGCCCGUGUUGAAAGCCGAGCAGGCUGCGGUGUUUAAGUUCCCUCUGGCGCCGCUGGGCUGCUCCGGGCUAGGCUCGGCGUUACUGGCAGCAGGGCCUGGACUGCCCGGUGCCCCUGGCACACCACACCUGCCUCUUGAGCUGCAGCUCCGUGGGAAGUUGGAGACGCCGGGCACCGGGGACCCGGGCGCCAAGGCCAAGAAGGGGCGUCGCAGCCGCACGGUGUUCACGGAGCUGCAGCUGAUGGGCCUAGAGAAACGCUUUGAGAAGCAGAAGUACCUCUCCACGCCGGACAGAAUAGAUCUCGCUGAAUCCCUGGGCCUGAGCCAGUUGCAGGUGAAGACGUGGUACCAGAAUCGGAGGAUGAAGUGGAAGAAAAUAGUGCUGCAGGGCGGCGGCCUGGAGUCUCCCACCAAGCCCAAGGGGCGGCCCAAGAAGAACUCCAUUCCCACGAGCGAACAGCUCACGGAGCAGGAGCGCGCCAAGGAGGCGGAGAAGCCGGCGGAGGCGCCAGGCGAGACCAUCGACAGGAGCCGCGAGGACUGAGCGCCCAAAGCGUCGCCCGAGGCCCCCUCCGCCCGCUGGAAGCCGCGAGCCGGCCCUUCCGCGGCCACGCCGUUUGCUUUCUAAACGUUUUAUGAUUACCUUGAAUGCGG